AUGCUUCAAGGCUCGGGCGCCGCUGAUAAUGGGGAUGGUCUCGGCCAGCUCGUUUUGGAAACUUCGCACGAGUCACCAUCCAUACCUUACGAUCCAUAUCCCGAAUAUAACAGCGUUGAAUGGAAAAACAGGUGGAGAGGAACUUAUCAGCAAUGUGUGGGCGCAAAUGGUUCAGUCCUAGAUCGUCGGAACGCGGAAACAGCGAUGAAAGGAUUUCGCUGGAACCAGUCAGGUUUGAAAUUGAGACAAGCCUAUGCUGGCGUAAUUUACUUCAGCACUGACAACAAUCUAGAUUUUCCAGCGCCGAUAUUUGGAUCGUAUGAGGCGUGGAAUCUCAAUCGAAGUAUCUGCGUCGACCGGAAUUCUCGAUAUGCGGCGUACGGCUAUACAGAGACAGGCGACAAAGGGCAGUGGCAGGAUGUGAAUUGGGCCAAUUUGCAGCAAGAUUGCUUGCAGCGCAAUGCAGACCGGUAUCAGCCUUCGGAUAUUCGCGAAAAGACAUCGACUUUGCACAGGGAGCAGGAUAAAGGAACAGAUGAACAUCAUCGGAGAGAGAAGACAGAGACAUAUCGAAACAAUACCUCUGCUAGCUUCAAAACACGGACGGCGGUAGUUCUGCGUACAUGGCUCGACAUGGAAUACACGGAAGAUGCUCUUUAUUAUAUCCGGUCGAUUAUAAUGGAGCUAUCGCUCUUAUCUGGUGCAGAAUACGAGGUAAUCCUCUUGGUUGAUGCAAAAAAUAUCGAACUGCCUCAUCCAACGGACAAUGUGGGCUUGGACAAUCUGAAAAAGUCUCUUCCGCGGGAGCUCCAGGAUCUGGCGGUGUUCUUCAAUGCGGAGAUACUAAAGGACUGGUACCCGAAGAUCGAUGUUCACGAAGCCAUACUCCAAUACUUCCAGCCAAUGCAGAUUUUCUCACGAUUGAACCCACAAUACGACUUCUUCUGGCAGUUUGAAAUGGAUUCACGUUAUACGGGACAUUUCUAUAACUUCCUCCAACAGGCAACAGAGUUUGCAAAACAACAGCCUCGCAAGAAUCUAUGGGAACGUAACUCUUACUUCUACAUCCCCGCCGUCCAUGGCAGCUGGGAAAAAUUUACCGAUCAGGUAGAUCAGAGCAUGGCAGGCGUUAGUAGUAUCUGGGGACCACAUCCAGCAAAAGGUAUCGAGGUCGGGAAUGAAGCAUCGGAGCCACUACGCGCAGAUCUAGAUGAUGAUUCUUGGAGCUGGGGCGUGGGCGAGGAAGCCGACGUGAUCACCUGGCUGCCUCAAUUUGACCCUCAGCGUACUGAAUGGCCCUUCGCUGACCGGGUGUUUAAUUUUCCCCAGAAGGGACGUACUCCGCGCCGGACAUCUGUUGUCGCAAUGUCCCGUGUCUCGGCACGAUUGCUCCGGCUUAUGCAUAAGGACAAGACUGAGAAAGGUCUUGGACUAGCUUCUGAAAUGUCUCCCACCUCCUGGGCUCUUUAUUAUGGGCUGAAAUCAGUUCAGGUUCCUCAGCCUAUUUACCAUGCGCACUCAACAGAUCCAGUUGAGCUCAAUCUCAGAGCUAAUACAGGCAAGCCUGGUAAAAUUAGCGCUGGGCGGAAUAGUAUCUGGAACUGGAACCAGCACAAUGAUAUUAUCAUGAAGAUAUCUUAUAUGUUUGGGUCGGAAUUUUCCGAAAGGAUUUAUCGAGCCUGGCUAGGUUACGAUGGUGAAGAGAAAGUGAGUUAUUAUGCUGGUGCCUUGACUGGCCCGUUGAUAUCUGCUGACACGUACGAAAAGAAUGGGCAUCGCCCUCACCUUUGCCUGCCUCCGAUGUUCUUACACCCAGUCAAGAAUACGAAAAGGUAG